AUGCCAUGCACUCCCAAUAGCCAGAGCUCCCAUCUGUAUGCUUCUGAAACCCCGUCAACCGCCUCCCCGGGACGCAGAAGUGUAAAGCGACAGAAGGUCACUCGAUCUUGCGACUCAUGCAAAGCAAGAAAGAGAAAAUGUAGCGGUGACAUUCCGUGUUUUGUGUGCCGCUCCACGGGCGCGACAUGUGCAUACAAGGCCUCCUACACCAGAGGGAAACUUGUGCACCCGACCCCGGCCUAUAUUGGGACAGACACUGGAGAUACCGCGCGGCGGGCUGUGCCAUUUACGCCUACCGAGGCAGCGGCUUCACAUUCAACCACUCUGAACCAAGAUGACAGCAAAAACCCUGGACCAUCUCGAGCUGCAUCGCCCGAGGGUGGUUCAACCUUUGCCGGUCAAUACCUGGGACCAACCUCACCGUACACCUUCCUUCGGCGAGCCUGGAAGCGCUUUGAGGAGGACGGCUCCAAAUUGCAUCACAUUCAAGCCGCAUCAGAGGAACCAUCUUCGGCAGGUUCGAUAUUCCAAUUUGGAGACCGACCAUCGCCAUAUAAUGUCAGUCAUACCAUUGAAACAUUCAGGUUGCCUGAGCGAGAACUCACGUCCGCAUGGCUGGCCCAAUACUUUAGCCUCGCCAUGCCCACGUACCGAUUCCUUCACUACGAUACCGUGGCUCGUUGGCUGGAAGAAUACCACCAGCUUCAGGAGAGUGGUAUUGCGCCAGCAUUGCUGUCUUUGUCUCGGCAGGCUGUCGUGCUUGUGGUUUUAGCCACAUCUCGACUACUGAACGUGCAGCAGAAGGAGAUUCUCAAUCCUAAUGAGGUCUCCUGGCGGGAGAGCGAGGUACUCUAUCGUGUGGCGCAACGAAAACUCGACAGCGAGACUGGCAAAGCGAAACUGGCGUGUGUACAGGCUCGGCUAGUGAGCUGUCUCUAUCUGCUGUCAACUUCGCGGCCAAAUCAGGCGUGGUACAAGUUUGGCACCACAAUACAGCUCAUCAUGUCUCUUGGCCUACAUCGUGCGAACUCCGGAUGUUCUCAGGACCCAGUCAUUCGCGAGUGUCGAAAACGAAUCUUUUGGGCAGCAUCAACGCUGGAUACAUACUUGUCUGUCAUCCUCGGAAAGCCUCCGCUCAUCCAUCUUGAUGAUGUUGACCAAAAAUUGCCCGAGGCAAUAGACGACCAAGAUCUCACGAUUGGGCUUACAGCAGCUCGACAAGGGCAAGACAGCGUCAUCCGAGCCUCAAUUUUGCACGCUCAAAUCACAUGCAUUGUCAAGCAAGCUGCUCGAGAACAGUACUCUGUCUCCAGGAAGACCAGCCAACAGAAGCUCGGAAGUGCGCAGAGAUUCAACGCUGAAGUCAAGUCCUGGCACGCCUCUCUACCAGUUGUACUCUCAGGAGCGAUCCAUCCUUUAAGUUUGAUCCCCAUCUUCCGCAGGCAGAUCACCGUAUUGCAGCUGGCUCACGCCCACGCGAGAAUGUUGAUCAAUCGUCCCAGUCUUAUUCUUGAGACAGGGCAGCUUGAGUUCAAGCUGGUCCAAGUCCAAGAAUGUAUCACUGCUGCAAAAGAUGCGCUUGAUACUGUGCUUGCUUCGAGCUUUAGCAAAGAGACCUUCCAGGCAUUCUGGUACACACAGUUUGUAUCGUUUAAUGCCCUGACAAUUGCGUACAUUUACCUCAUCCAGCGUCGGCAUGGUCGACUCGUAGCCCUCAACAUGGACUUCUCGGAGGAUGAACUUCUUCUCCUGGCAGAGACCGUCCAGAAGCAUUUAACGGAGGCGACACAGAUGAAUGCUCCCAGUCUGCGAUACAACAUCGUUUUAGAGGAACUGCAGCAGGAGGUUCAUCGUGCCAUCGUCAAGGCCAACCAAAGACCGGCGAACAUCGACGCAAUUGUGAACCCUAGGGUCAACGACUUUCCUACGCCUCCCGCGCAAUUGCACGCUAACGUUCCUAAAGACAUUGUGUACAACGACUCGAUGAUGGAAGCAUUUGCCAACUUCCCAAUGGAUGAGGAUCUUUGGCUGGCCCUGGACACCCUCCCUUUCUCGGACUUCAGCCAGCUAGAGUGA